AUGGACAGCCGUGAGAUAUUGGAGUUGGAGAACAAGCUUCUUGAUCCGACCACAGAAGAACCAAUUUCUCUACCCCUACACUUUUUGAGAUCGAUAACAAAUGGUUUUAGCAAUGAGCAAGAACUCGGGAGGGGUGGGUACGGAGUAGUUUACAAGGGACGACUUCUCCACCAUGGCGAUUCAUUUCUUGCUGUGAAGAAGUUUCAUGAUAGUCAUGUAGUGAAGGGUGAUGAACAGUUCCAGAAAGUUGCCACUUCUCUUAUCAAACACCCAAAUGUAACACAACUCCUAGGUUACUGUUCAGAAUCAAAGGGAGAGAUGAUCAAGCUACCGAACGGGAAAUGUGUUAUUGCUGAUAAACAGACAAGAAUUCUCUGCUUCGAGUAUAUGUGUAAUGGAGGCCUUGAUAAGCAUCUUUCAGUUAUAGAUGCAAACCAGCAGUUCAACUAUUUCUUAAGAUACCAAUCACAUGAAGAUUGGAGCCCAGGAAGGGGUACUGAAACGGAUGUGCAGCGUGAGGACGGCUUGAUGGAUCACCGACCAGCGUGGAUCACAAAAGGCAUAAUGAAAUCAGCAAAUUGCACCACUCCAACCACAACGCGAGCCAGUUUUGGAAAGUGUGGAUGGUUCGCUUUGUUAUCAAGGGUCACGAAAUGCAUCAUUUUGGGUGGCGCACAAGGCGUUGGCUUCCUUGGAGGACAACGUGCUCAAGGACUGGGCAGCCACCAUCAACCUUGGCCCAAGGCCACGGCCCUCCAGCUAGAGCUGCUAUCUGUCAAGGCGAUUCUUGAGUCCACCCUCGGCAGAAAGGACCAUAUAUUCUUGCUUGAAAUUGGGAUUAUGAUAGCUGGUAGACUAAAGGGCUCCCCUCUUGCAGCAAAAACUGUUGGUAGAUUGUUGAAAACCCAACUUGACUUGGUUCACUGGACUAGAGUCUUAGAAAGUAAGCAAUGGGAGCAUAGCAACGGUAAGAAUGACAUUAUGCCUGCACUGAAGUUGAGCUUUGAUUACUUACGUCCUCAGCUUCAGCAGUGUUUCUCCUACUGUGCUUUGUUUCCUCAAGAUUACAGAUUUGAAGGAGAAGAGCUAAUUAACUUCUGGAUAGGACAAGAAGCUUUGCAUUAUUCACCACAUGGUGAAAGUAAAAGAGUUGAAGAUAUCGGGCUAAGUCAUUUGACUGAGUUGGUUAAUUAUGGAUUUUUGGAAGAUGAAGGGGAAAAGGAUGGAAGAACUUGUUACAUCAUUCAUGAUCUCUUACAUGAAUUAGCACGAAAAGUUUCAUCACUUGAAUGCCUUAGCAUAGACACUCAAUCUCAAGUGAGCUCCUUACAAAUCCCGACAUCAAUCCGCCACUUGUCUAUCAACAUAGAUGAUACCAGUGUCAACAAUAGAUUGACACAAAAAAAUUGUGUGGAGGAUAUCAAUACAUUGCACACAAGAUUAAAAGUUGAAAAACUGCAAACUUUGAUGAUAUUUGGGAAACACCACGGUUGCUUUGUGAAGGCUUUUGGUGAUUUAUUUAGGGAAGCAAAGGCCCUUCGUGUUAUUUUUCUAUCAGAAGCAUCCUAUGAUCUGGAAUAUUUGUUCAGCAACUUUUAUAGUCUACUCCAUCUUCGCUACCUUCGGAUUGAAUGUUCUUCUCAAUAUAAAGCCAGAUUUCCCAAUAAAAUUUCUAGAUUUCAUCACAUGAUGGUCCUAGAUGCAAAACACUGUGACAUCAUAGAUCUACCAAGAGAUGUCAGCAACCUUGUAAAAUUGCGCCAUCUUCUUGUUCAAGAUGAUACAAUACACUCUAGCAUCACUGAGGUUGGGAAACUAAAAUCAUUACAAGAGUUGAGAAGAUUUGUGGUCAAACAAGAUCAUCAAGGUUUUGAAUUAAGGCAGAUAGGACAUUUGGAAGAGCUCCAUGGAUCACUGUGCAUUGAUAGUCUUGAAAAAGUUCAUGUACCGGAAGAAGCAGAUGAAGCAAAAUUGAUGUUGAAAAGCCACUUACAUGAGUUGAUACUACGUUGGAAUAUUAAUUGGCAUGCCGAUGAUUUUGCACUCCAAAAACAUGUUCUUGAAAGGCUUAAGCCAAAUCGCAAUCUUCGAAAGUUAUCCAUUAUAGGGCACAGAGGAGGCACUUGCCCUUCAUGGCUGAGUAUGAACCUCUCACUCAGUAGUCUGAAAUCUCUCUGCCUACAUGAUGUAAACUGGAAAACAUUUCCACCUAUUGGAGAUUUGUGGUUAGUAAAUGUGCCCCGUGAGGAAAUCUCAAUCAAUAUCCCUGAGAAGAGGUUUGGAAAUUUGAGAAGGCUGGAACUUAUACACUUGUCAGGGUUGAAAACGUGGGCUGUACAUGCCCCUUGUCAAUUGUUUCCUUAUUUGGAAGUGCUUAUCAUUAGGGAUUGCUCUCAACUUGUGGAAUUGUCGUUUUCGCAUUCUGCUGGUUGUUGUCAACAAGGGAAAGAUGCAAAUGACAAUUUAUUUCCUAGACUGAAGGAGCUCAAGAUUAAGAGAUGUCCACAACUAUUGUCAUUUGCACCCAUUCCUUGGACUGAAGCUCCGUGCUACAUUAAAAUAACAGGAAUUUCAUCUCUUGAUAAAUUGGUUUAUGGAAAAGAAUAUAGUUAUUUGACCAUUGAGGGAAAUAAUAAGGAUACAAAUGAUAGCACGGUAACAGGGCUGGCUGUGAAUGUGAGGGGACAGCACGCAACAGAGACGCCCGGAACAACAACUUCAGCUAACAAAGAGGAUCAGCAGCAGGAUGCAAGAGCAAAUGUCGACGUAAUAGUCGCAUCAGAAGAAGCAGAACAUGGCCUAUUGAUUUUGCCUCCCCAACUGCAGGACCUGGAGAUCCAUGGCAGCCCAAAGCUGCGACUCCUUGGCUCCAAUCCACAUGACGACAGCAACAAAGAUGGACGAACUGGGCAAGGAGGAGGGCUCUGGGGUCUAAGCUCCCUCCGAAGGCUGGAAAUCGAGGAUUGCCCCGAGCUCCUGUCCUCAUACUCGUCUUCAUCCUUCUCUUCUUCUUUCCCCUUGCCCAACUCCCUGGAACACCUUAACAUUUCAGGAGCGAUCGGCACGGGGGCUGAACUGCCUCUAUCAAACCUCACUGCUCUCACAAGUUUAUCCAUAUACCGAUGUGGGGAUUUAAGAGGCGAGGGAUUGUGGUCUCUCCUCGCCCAAGGCCAUCUCAAAGAAUUAUUUGUUCGAGGAAACCCCAAUUUUUUUGUUGAUUCCGAACAGGAGAUUCCAUCCUGUUCCUCAAAACUGCAGAGGCUCGACAUAGAUGAUGUGUCUGGAUUCACUGCUGCGGCCAUUCGUCAUAGCCUGCUCUUUUCCUCGCUCACCGUAUUGAGUAUUUGUGGGGAUUACAAGGUGAAGAGCUUCACAGAGGAGCAAGAGGCCCUUCUGUUUGUCGACUCCUCGGGGAUAUCACAUUUAUUUGCUGCCACAACCUGCAGUCCCUCCCUGAACGGCUACCUAGACAUCCCAACCUCAAGAGGUUACACAUCUGGGCGUGCGGAGCAAUCCAGAUGCUGCCCAAGGAGGGCCUCCCAAGUUCACUGCAAGAGUUGUAUAUCAGAGAAUGUCCAAAAAUCCAGUCACUGCCCAAGGUGGAUGACCUUCCAAGCUCCCUGCGAUAUUUAA